UCAGUAAGCCGAUAGGUCUGUUGGCCAGGGGGGCGCCGCUAUUUGGAGAGAUUCGUUGUGUAUACCUUCAGUUCAUCAAUCAAGACGGCAAUGGGAUAGAGCUCGUCAUUUUCGCCUUGGCCUUCCAUGGCGGAAACCAACUAUUACGCGAGCGAGAACGGUGAUGGUUUAUUUGUGGGCGGAACUUGGUUGCUGCUUCAACGGAAGGGCUAUGCGAUGUGGUAUCAAGCAAACGACAAAACGGGGGGUAAUGAUAGUCGUUCGUGUAGGCAGAUGACAGGCGGCGUGUAUCGGUGAGAGCUACUAUAGAGCUGGACUGGUUAAUCUAUCAUUUUUGGACCCGGCCACAGGAGCUGGCGAGUGCAAGGCGUUGUGAGGAGAGGCGGGAGAAAGGGGCGUUUGAUGGAUGUUUUGUUGCUGUCUCGUGGGGUGAAGGACAAGACGCCCAUAAAACGAGACAGCGGCGGCGGGCAGCGUGAAGACGUACUCUGGACUGUGGAUGCUGGUCAGGGACACGGCCAUCUGGCGGAGGGCGAUGCGAGAGAGCGAGUUGCUGGGUGUUUUCCUGCAGCGUUCGACGGCGACGGUCGUGGUCAACUGUUGAUGGUGGUGAAUGUUUCGCUGGCCGCAGUUCGCAGCAAAAGCAGAACUUGGGCGGAUGGAGCGAAAGUGUGGCUGGUGAGGGAGUCAAAAAAGGGCUGUGGCGGUGCGGCUCUCCCAGCGAACCCUUAGCUUGUGCUGACUAAUCUGAACCCAAAAAGAGUCAUCCACAAGUCCUCGCGAGUAGUAGUUGCUCUCCCUCCUCUCCGGCUGCGUCUACCUGGUGUCCCUUUUUUAGGGUUAUGGAUGAUAUCUUUGAUAGCUGCUUGUAACGGAGAAACAGAGGUCGCCGGCGGUCGAAGAAGCCCAGACGCCCUUGCUUGGAGUUUUAUUCCUCAAUUGUCUGUCCAGCUGGUGGAAUUGACCGAGAAACAGCGCCCAAGAUGCCUAUGGUCACUGUUGAUAAGGCAGCCCUGUGCAAGGCGCUAGGCAAAGAGUGAAGACCGCCCCCUACCCUUUUUCACAGCUGCUAUCUCUGCGGUGUAUUGACUAUAGGGGCCUAACAUUAACUUAUAUCCCACUGCUAGAUACACCACCGAGGAAUUCGACCAGCUAUGCUUCGAUUUUGGUGAGUCACCCCCACUAUUCACAGGAUACCUCUAUAUGCAACACCACUAAACAUGCAUCCUAACAGGCCUCGAGCUCGAAGAAGAUGUGAGCCUCCUCCCUUAGUACUGCUUAUACCAUCUCGGUCAGGCCGUAACAAUUGCAUAGACCACCGACUGCGACCGGCCAUAUGUGAACGGCGUCCAGGAACCCCCGCAACUCAAAGUUGAAAUCCCUGCCAAUCGUUAUGACCUACUAUGUUUUGAGGGUUUAUCCCUUAUGUUGAAUAUUUUCCUCGGGAGAGCCGAGUCGCCGAAUUAUAGAGUAGUCACCCCUCCAAGCGGAGAGCUACAAACCCUUCUCGUCAAGCCAGAGACCGAGAGUGUGCGACCAUAUGUGGCCGGCGCUGUCUUCCGCAACAUUCGUUUUGACCAAGCUCGAUACAAUUCCUUCAUUGCCCUGCAGGAUAAACUUCACCAGAAUAUUGCCAGGCAGAGGACAUUGGUCUCUAUUGGAACACACGACCUUGACACCAUUCAGGGACCCUUCACAUAUGAGGCCUUGCCACCAAAGGAUAUAAAAUUUAUCCCUCUAAACCAGACCAAGUGCAUGGAUGGCGAGGAGUUGAUGGAAUUCUAUGAAAAGGACAAAAACUUGGGCAAAUAUUUGCAUAUAAUUCGUGAUUCACCCGUAUACCCAGUUAUCUACGAUUCCAAGAGAACCGUCUGCUCCCUACCACCAAUCAUUAAUGGGGACCAUUCAAAGAUAACGCUGAAUACUCGAAACGUUUUCAUGGAAAUCACGGCUACAGAUAGGACAAAGCUGGAAGUCGUGAACAACAUCAUGGUCACCAUGUUUUCUCAAUGCACAGAUGAGCCAUUCACAAUUGAGCCUAUCAAAAUUGUUUCUGAGCAUAAUGGGGAAUCACGACAGGUUCCAACACUUAAGCCAAGGACAACACAGGCUAGCAUAGCUUAUAUCAAUCAAUGCACUGGCCUAUCCCUCUCUGGCCCUGAAACCUGCAAAUUGUUUAAGAAAAUGGCUCUUUCGGCUAAGGUCUCUGAGACAUCUGACGAUACUCUUGACGUUACAAUCCCAGUUACCCGAGCAGACAUUCUCCACCAAGCUGAUAUCAUGGAGGAUGUUGCGAUUGCACACGGUUUCAACGAACUUCCAAGAUCUUUCCCUAGCAAAUCUGGCACAAUUGCCCAACCUCUUCCAAUCAACAAAUUAGGAGACAUAAUUAGGGGAGAGGCUGCCAUGGCAGGGUGGACGGAAGUGCUCACUUUUGCUCUAUGCUCACACGACGAGAACUUUUCCUGGGUUAACCGCAAAGACGAUGGGACGACAGCUGUCAAGCUCGCCAAUCCCAAAACAGUUGAAUUUCAAGUUGUCCGCACAAGCCUUUUGCCCGGCUUGUUGAAAACUAUUCGUGAAAACAAGAAUCACAGCUUGCCCAUAAAAAUUUUUGAGGUCAGUGAUGUAGGACUCAAAGACCUCUCGCUUGAGAGAAAGAGUCGCAACGAACGACACUUCGCUGCAGCCUGGUACGGGAAAACAAGCGGUUUCGAGGUUGUUCAUGGCCUACUAGACAAGGUCAUGAUGAUGAUGAAGAGUGGUUUCAUUGUUGGAGAAGAAGGAUUGGAUAACGCUGCUGUUAAGGGUUCUCAAUACUGGAUCGAGGAACUAGAUGGUAAGAACACUGACUCAUAAUAUCUAUAUAUGUUGUCUAUCAAUUAUGCUAACAUUGACCCCCGGUAGAUCCCACUUAUUUCCCUGGCCACGCUGCCACCAUACACUUACGUAUGGACGGAAAGGAAAGCAUCAUUGGGACUUUCGGUAUAUUACACCCAACAGUUCUUGAUAAUUUCGACUUGAGGCAUCCCGUGAGCGCCUUGGAAAUUAACAUUGAAACUCUUCUGUAAAACCCUCACUAAAUACCCUUCGUCGUGAGCAUGAAUGAGUGCAAUUAUAUCAAUACAUAGCAUGAGUUACGGAGCUUCCAAAUCAGUCUUUAUCGUAUCACGUGCUACCGUAUAGGUCCCCUACUAACAAAUAAACCUUGAUAGAGAAGCCCAAUCUGAACAUUUCAUUCAUCACAUCCAUCUCAAUUCUAUUUCAAUAAUUAAGACAAGGAGUUGGAAUUUUGGAAACGGAAGAUGAAAGAGUUCAAAAAAUAAAUUAGAAUAACUGAGAAAUCCCGUAGCAACAAAAUCAUAAAACCGAGUCGCUCAUAUUUUCUUCAUUUAUUUUUGUUUUUACUCUUGAGGCUCUGCGGCUUCACCCUCUACAACCUGACCCUCCUGCUCUUGCUCAGCUAGCCGCUGUUGUUCGGCAAGCUGUUGAGCAGCAGCUGCCUUAGCUCCGUAGUCCUGGCUCAUUGGCUGGAGGACGGGCUGUUCCUCCUUUGGCUCAAUGAUAGUGACGGAAUCGGGGAGAGUCUUCUGAGGACCAGACUUGCCCUCUGGAUCGCUACCACGCAUGAUCUUGACC